AUGGCAACUCAGGACCACGAGAAAGAAGCACACGUCGCAGGGAAUGAGAUCCAAGAAGCAUCCAGCGAUGUAAUCGCACAGACAAGAGUCGAGCGAGUCUUCAACUCCGUCCAAUUCUUCCUCCUAACAAUUACCUUCAUGAGCAGCUGGGAGUCCAUCGCCGGCAACCUCUACAGCGUCUUCUACAAUGGCGGGCCCCAAACCCUCGUCUGGGGCUUCCUCCUCGUCUGGGCCGGCGCAAUGGCGCAAGCAGCCUCUCUCGCGGAAAUGGCCGCCGUCCAACCCAUCGCGGGCGCCAUGUACCACUGGACGUAUGCCCUUGCGCCGGAGAACAUCAAACGCUUCGCGACGUGGAUCCAGGGCUGGGUGACUUGGUGUGGCUGGGUUUCUAUGACGGUGGGGAUUGGGAAUAGCACCGCGUACUGGAUCACGAGUAUCGUGCAGUUGAAUUAUCCGGACUAUGUGUCGAAGCUUUGGCAUACUACGUUGAUGAUCUGGGCACAGAUUUUACUGACUGUUUCUGUCAACCUGUUCAAAUUCGGCAAGCUGGUUCCGUGGAUCGAGACGGCCGCUGGAGUUCUGCAUAUCUCGUGCUUCUUUGCUUUUGCGAUCACGCUGCUGGCGCUGGCUCCUAAGAACAAUGCGCAUUUCGUCUUCUUGGGCAGAGUCAAUUCGGCGGAGACGUCAGGCUGGACGAACGAUUUCAUUGGGUGGAAUUUGGGACUACAGACUUCUGUUUGGUCGUUCGUAGGAUUUGACGCAGCUGUGCACUUGAGUGAAGAGGUCCGCCGAGCUCCAAACACCGUACCGCGAGUGAUGGUCUACACGAACCUCGUGAAUGGCAUCAUGGCUUGGCUCUUCAUCCUUGUGAUCCUCUUCUGUGUCGGCGAUCCUCAGGAAGCCCUCCAAUACUCCCAGCCCAUGCUCGCGGUCCUACUCAACGCUACUGGCUCAGCCCGGGUCGCUACGGCAAUGGGCUCACUUCUGGUCCUCAUCGGCAUCUUGGUGAUGAUAGUCAACAUCGCAUCCAUGUCAAGACUCUCCUGGAGCUGGGCGAGAGACGGCGGAUUGCCGAAAGUGUUGGCCUACGUCGACUCGAUCAAACGCGUCCCCGCCCGCGCCGUCCUCUUCUCCAUCACCAUCGUCCUCCUCCUAACCCUAAUCAACUUCGGCUCCUCGGUCGCCUUCCAGGUCUUCACCUCCCUCUCCACAAUCUCCAUGUACGUCAGCUACUUCAUCGCCAUCCUCAUGAUGGUGUUUCGAAGACUCUCCGCUUCGCCACCCCCGGUGGGACCCUGGUCGAUGGGACGGUUUGGCAUGCCGGUAAAUCUUUUCGCGCUGGUGUAUACGGCGUAUAUUAUUGUUUGGCUGCCGUUCCCGACGACGAUGCCGAUUACGGGGGCGAAUUUCAAUUAUUCGAGUCCGAUAUUGGGGUUUGUUGUGCUGGCUGCGGUUGGGCUGUGGGUGGUUAGGAGGAAGAGUUGGCCUGGGUUACGGGAGGAUGUUAUUGAAGUUGCUAUUAACAAGUAG